AUGGUCUACGUCGGUAUUCCACAGAACUACACCCAGUCGCCGUCCUCGUUCGCGGGGACGCCGUCUCUGACGAUCAACUAUGAGGCCACUCAGGAUCUCGACUCGACCAAUGCCUUUGAAGGUCCCGAGAAGCUUCUGGAGGUCUGGUUUGCACCAUCUCCUGCUGAUCUAGGCGCCGCCGGCCCUGAGGGCCUCAAAAAAGUCCCAGGGGAGAUUUGGAAGGACAUGCUGGACCUUGUAAACUGCCAGGUACUGUCCGUCAUUUCGUCUGAUGAAAUGGAUGCCUACCUUCUAUCUGAAUCCAGCAUGUUUGUCUGGCCGCACAAGUUGAUUUUGAAGACUUGCGGAACCACUACUCUUCUUUCGGGUCUCCCGCGCAUCUUGGAGAUCGCCGCCUUGUUCGCAGGGUUCCCUCGCGCCACUGCCCCUUCAUCUCGUGGUAUCACGGUGGCCGCGGCUCCUUACAGAGUUUUCUACAGCCGCAAGAACUUCCUGUUCCCUGACCGCCAGCGUGGCCCUCACCGCAGCUGGCGCGAUGAGGUGCGCUCUAUGGACAAACUGUUUGUCAACGGCAGCGCCUACAUGAUCGGCAAAAUGAAUGGGGAGCAUUGGUACCUGUACCUCACUGAGCCUGGCACCAUGCUCACCCCGCCGGCUAGCCCCAAGGAGGAGAUCGAGUUUUCCGAGACCGAGACCAAGGUUCUGACCUUCCCCGAGGCCGCUCCGCGCACUGAUUGUGAUGAGCACGAUGAGACCCUCGAGCUUCUGAUGACCGAUCUCGACGAAGAUAAUGCCAAACAGUUUUACUUGGAGAAUGCCACCGCCGUGGCCGAGAAGCGCCACCGCGACGCGGAUAAGGACGACCACCUGGAUGUCUUCAGCAACACCUCCGACAUGGAUGAGGAGACUGGUGGUAUUUUGCCGCCGGAGCUGACCACUGAGGGCCAUGCCCUGGGCACCGUCGUCUCUGAGUCGUGCGGCCUGUCCGACGUGUAUCCUAAGAGCAAGUUCCCCGAUGCUCGCAUCGAUGCCUAUUUGUUCACGCCGUGCGGCUUCUCUGCCAACGGUGUUGUGCCUGCCCCAGAUGGCAAGGCUCCGACCCACUACUUUACCGUGCAUGUCACGCCGGAGCCUCAGUGCUCGUACGCAUCUUUCGAGACCAACGUUCCGCACUCCCAGAACGGCAAGGCCACUGCCGACAUCAUUCAGCAGGUCGUCGAUAUCUUCAAGCCUGGCCGUUUCAGCAUUACCUUGUUCGAGACCAAGCCUGCGAUUGAUGAGAUUGAUGAAGUCGAUGGUGUGCAUGAUCAGCAGCAUGCUCAGCGCCACUCUCUCCGCCGCAGCAACAAGAUGGAGCAGGUCGAUGGCUACCGUCGUGUUGACCGCAUUGUCCACGAUCUGAACGGUUACGACCUUGUGUUCCGUUACUACGAACGCAAUGACUGGAAAGGGGGGGCACCGCGUAUUGGAGAGAAGGGCUUCUAA